GGCCGCAAAGACGUUCUACGGCUCUGUUUGUCAGACCUGAAAUUCGAGAGAGAGGACCGAGCCGCCAUUUUCCGUGUGACGCUCUCCCUGAAACGGCAACGAGAAUAACGGAUUAACGGGGGAAUUGCAUAUAAACCUGACAACAAAAAUCAUCUUGGAAUAAGAGACGAACAAUUUGAGUAUAUUUGGAAAUAGAACCGGUGUGAAAAUCUACUAGAUUUGCACUGCAUCUCUAAUUACGGAGAGCAGGCUGACGCGGUUCCUGAACUAUUCGUUGUUUCGCCCAUUUCGUGAUUCCGGGAGCUAUACUGGCUUCAGAAUUAGAGCGCACUCUUCGGAUUUUGUGAAUAGGCGGUGUUGCAACAAAUGAUUUUUUCUAUUUUAAUGCACCUUGAUCGCACACACGAUUUCCUAUCCGCGGCGGGGAUUUAAUUCUACAAUUUCCCCGGACUUGGGUUCUCAUCACGUGGUGUUCCCUCUCCCAGGCGUCAGGAGGAGCAGCAGUGGGCUGGUGUGGUGGAGCUGGCCUCAGGCCCGGGCGAGGCCCCCUGCUGGCCGGCCCCCUCCCCGCGCUGCAUGGCUGCCAUGGCGCCAGCUCUGACCGACGCGCCCAACGAAGCAGCCCACCGCAUCCGCUUCAAACUGGCACAGCCCUCCUCCGCCCUCUCCCCCAGCGCCACGGAGACCAGCCAGGACUCAGACAACAUCAGCCCCCGAGGGGCAGGGCGGGGCCGGAGGGCGGAGGAAGCAGGGAGGGGCGUAGGGAAACUGCAGCCAUUGGUGGCCUCCUACCUCUGCUCUGAUGUCACACCUGUGCCGUCGUCCAAGUUGCAGGCCCUGUUGCCUAGCCUGCUGCCUGCCCCUGGACCCCCCAGGAGAUCCCUACACACCCCGGCCCAGCCCCCCCUCAACGGCCAGGCCAAGAAGCAGGGCAGGAACCUCGGCCCCACCCUGAACGGAGACUCCUCCCCCCUCCCCCCCCAGACCACCACAGCCUCUACAGAGCACGCUCCCGUCGGAGGAGGGGCGGAGCCCCAGACUGGAGGGUCCUCCGAUCCAGCGCCUUGUCGUAAGCGGCGGUCUCCCCUGGCGACCGCCGGCACGCCCUCCGGCUGCCCGCACAGCGAGCCUUCGGACCGACCUCCGUCGCUAACCCAGGACUACUCCUCCCCUGCUCCCACCGUGGCAGGGCAGGAAGGUGACGGCAACAACCUGGGGGCUGGAGGAGGCACGGAGACCCCUUUCCAGCUGGUUGCCGGGGGCCUGGUGACCAGCCAGGACGGCCUGGGCGCCGGGGAGGUGGACGUGGGGCCGGGGGGGCUGGUCCAGGGGUCUGCAUGGCUGCAGGAGCGAGCCCAGCAGAGCCAGGGCCGGCAGGGGGAGAUGUCCGGCCGACUGAGGCACCUGAGGAGACGCCUGCAGGUGGUGCAGGCCAAGCAGGUGGAGCGACACCUCCAGCAGCAGCUCGACGGCCUAUUGGAGCACACCGUGGGAAGGGGUGGAGCCCGGGGGAGGGGCCAAGAGGAUAGGGACGGGAUUGGACGGCUGCUGAAGCAGGGUUCCACGCCGUUGGAGCUGGAGCGGCUGUACGUGAGCGGGAGCGCGGUGCUGCGCGGCGUGGAGGCGGGGUUUGACUCGGACGCCACGGCGAGCAGCUCAGGGGGGGAGACGGACGCGGAGGAGGACGAGGCGGGCAGGGCAGAGCUGGACCAGCGCCACGUGUCACUGUGGCGCCGUGCAGAGGGCCGCUACGCUCUGGAGAGAGCCUCCAUCACCAGCCACUGGAGCUGGCUGCAGGCCCACGUGUCCGACCUGGAGUACCGCAUCAGACAGCACACGGACAUCUACCGCCAGCUACGUCUCAGCAAGGGCUCCAUCUUGCUGGGGGACCCCACGCUCUCCGACUCAUUGGCUGAGGAUGGGGAGGUGAAGGCGGAGCCUGCUGUUUUCCAGGUUACACAGGAGCGCGGCUUGGACGCAGGGACGGGCAGUUCCGGCUCAGUCUCCAUGGAAACGGGCCCGAGGAAAGGGUGUGUGUCCGGGAGGCAGGUCAACGGUGUCAUCAACAGCCUUCAUUCUUCCUCUGCUCAGCUGGAGGAUCAGCGAGGCCAGACACAGCUCCCCCUGCAGGAGCAGGGCAGUACUGCGGCCCGCACACGCCCUCUCCUCAGCUUCAAAAGACGACGCCUCAUCAGACCCUCCAGCCUCAACAACCUCCACCGCAAGGUGCAGAGUCAGGGUGUGUGUUGGUGUGUGUGUGAGCUCAACCCUCAGUGUGUGACCUGUGGCGGCCGUCCCUCCGCCUCCCCCUCCUCUGGGCCGGAGAGCCUGUAUGAUCGCCCCCUGCUGGAGAGACUGGCUCAGUUGGACCCCAGCCUGCACCCUAUCCUCUCUCUCUCAGACGAUGUGGCCAUGGGUCUUCACCUACAGAGGCUGCUAAAGUCGGAGUGGAACAGCCGUCCUCUGAACAAGAUGAAGCCCCUGAAGAAGCUGUCUCUGAAACACAGACUCUCCUCCUCCACCUCCUCCUUCUCCUCCACCUCCUCCUUCUCUAAGAACAGACACAAGACCAGCUCCCUGCUCUCCUCUGGUCGUGGCCCCCACUCCAGGGUCCGGUCAGACAAGCUACACAGGCAGCAGCUGCACAGCCUCCAGGGCUCCUCGCUGCAGCCCCACUACCGGGGAGAACGCAGCCACGCCCACAGCACAGACAAGCCCCACCCACGCAAGAGGCCUCGCCCCGAGCUCUCUCUGGACAGGAUGGACUCUCUGUCUAAGCUGUAUAUGGACUCAGGCAGCCCGUACCCAUCUCUGCCCGGCCUCCACACCUCCUCCCACGCGCCCCCCCACACACUCAGCCCCCUACUGACCCACGCCGCCCCCCAGGCCUACAGUCCGCUGGCCCGGCAGCUGGCCUCCCCCUUCGAGGCCCCCGGCCCCUUCUCUCUCAGCUGCUCCCUGCAACAGCAGCCCACCCGCCGUCGCCGUGGCGAGAGCUCGUUUGACAUCAACAACAUUGUCAUCCCCAUGUCUGUGGCUGCAACCACACGGGUGGAGAAGCUGCAGUACAAGGAGAUCAUCACCCCCAGUUGGCGUGAGGUGGACGUGUGCUCCAGACCCCCUGCGGAGAGGCUGGAGGAGCGGGAGGUGGAGGUGGAGGUGGAGGAGGAGGAGGAGGAGGGGGUAGAGGUGGAAGACCUGUCUGACCAGGUGUUCUCCAGGCUUCACCAGCCCUGUGAGGACCAGGAGAGGACCAGAUACCGCUGGGCCGCUGUCUCCUCCAGCACCAACACCAACACCAGCACAGUGGCCAAGCGGAGGGGCAGCAGGUCCUACAAGUCGGUGGACGGCCGCACCACCCCCCUGCUGUGUUGCACCACCCCCUCCACCCCACAGCCCUCCUCCCCUGACUCCUCCCACUUCCAGGCACUCCAGGACUAUGGCUCCUCCCCCUGCUCCCCGGCCAGCCCAGACAUGGCGUUCACCCCCUACCCCCUUGGGGCCAGGGACCCCCAGCGGCUGGUCUCCAGCGACGACACGCGCUGCUCCACGCCCGACACCUCCUACGAGGACCAGGUGCUCCUACCGGUGUUGCCGUGGGAACGGCGUUCCUUCCCCCUGGACGGCGAGCCGGAGCGGGAGCCAGAGGAGGAGGCAGAGCGCCCCUACCGGAGCCUGCGUCGCCCCUCCACCUGCCGCACCCCUUCCCCCCUCCCCUCCCCGCUCCCCCCGCCUGACCAAGCCAGCAGCAAGAAACCCUCCACAGGCCACGCUCACAGACACGCCCCGCAAUGAAGCCUGUAGUCCCCUCCAUCCUCAGAGAGCAACCACCACCACCACCUCCUCCACCACCUCCACCGUGAAGGUCCACCGUGGGAGGAGAGAUGACGGCUCCUGUUUGCUAUUCAGACAGCGUUCCCCUUCUUCCCAGUCAUGGUGAGAGCCUAGAUCCAUCAGGAGAGGGACAGGGUGGAGAGAUGGAACCGGAAGACCAACAGAUGGAAGGUGCAGACGAGAAGAUCAGACCUCCUUCCUCCAUGACGAGGUUAGACCGGCGUGGGCGGGGUUUGGUAGGCGCAGCUUGCUAUUGGUGGAGACGUAACCAGGAUGCUCCAGGGCUCCUCCCUCCUCAUCAUGUGAUGUCUUUCAGACAACUCAGUAGCUAACAUGACCCCCCUCUCCCACACCCUCCUCCAACACCCCCCCCGGCCCCCCCACACACCCUCCUCCUCCUUCAACACCCCCCCCCCACACACACACACCCUCCUCCUUCAACACCCCACACACACACACCCUUCCCCGAUGCUCGACCUGGCACCGCUGGUCACAGUCCUUCAGCUGUCAAACGUCUGUCUGUCUCCUGUCUGUCUCCCUCCCUGCUCUCCAGCCAUACUCCCUCAGUCUGUCUGUCUCUCUUCUGUCUGUCUCCUGUGUGUCGGUCUCUCUUUCACUCUCCUCUCUUUUAAUCUCCUACAGUCAUGGUUUCACCCCCAGCCUUGCCCAAGCAGCACAUUUUUCUCCUUUUCUUUUCUCCUUACCUCAUCCCACUUCCCUCUCUCCCCUCCUCCCUACCUCUCCUCUCCCCUCCUCCCUACCACCCCUCUCUCCUCUGCCCUACCUCCCCUCUCUCCUCUCCCCUCUUUGUCAGUGUGUUACCAUAGUGAGUCAUCUGGCACCAUGUUUUGUUGCGUGAGUUAUUUUCAUACUUUAGAGUUUCCACUGUGCUGAAGGUGGCUGCUUCUGCUAUAUCACCUAGCAUGUAAUAGUUUGUACAAAAGAAUAUUAUAUUUUGUAAAUACUUUUGUUUUGAUUUCUUAACUGUGUUUGGUGUUCAGGUUCUUAGCGACCCUGGCUGCAUAGAAACGAGACACAUACAGGAUAUUAAACACUUUCUUUUCCUUAAGCGAAAGCAGAUACAAACUGUUUAUUUCUGGAUGGUUGUGGAGUUCGACAGACAUCGUUUGUGCUUCUCUGAAUAAAAGUGGAUUAUAUUGUA